GUGUGAAUUCCCAGGCAGGAAGUACGUGUGCUCGUGUCAGACCUGACCCUAGUCUGAGCGGGGACGCUAGGAUCUGCGAUUUUUACGGAUUUCUUUUCUGAUUCUUGUGUUUCUUAAACUCUCCUGUUCGAGUCCGCAGGGCAGUGUUUGUUUGUUGGCGUCACCGCGACGCAGCGUCGGGUUAAAACGUGAACUGCCUGGCGGAGUGGAGUCUACCGUACCCGGCCGGACCAGGACCAGCUCCCAGUUUCCUCCCUGUGCUUCCAGUCUCCUCCCGUCGCCCUGCCAUGAGCGCCCAGCCCCGGAGGAUCCGCCUGAAGCCCUGGCUCCUGGCUCAGGUGAACAGCGGCAGGUAUCCUGGUCUCCAUUGGCUCACUCAGGACCACCGUCUCUUCCAGAUCCCCUGGAAACAUGCUACACGCCACACUCCAGCGUUGGAUGAGGAAAACACCAUUUUCAAGGCGUGGGCUCUGGAGACAGGUAAGUAUCAGGAAGGUGUGGAUGAACCGGACCCUGCCAAGUGGAAAGCAAACCUGCGCUGUGCUCUGAAUAAGAGUCGAGAGUUUCAGCUGAAAUAUGAUGGCACUAAAGAGACACCGGUACACCCGUACAAAAUCUACGAGGUCUGCGAGCACCCGGGGAACACAGAUGGCGUUGACGACGAUGACGAGGAGAUGCCCAAUCUGAUGGAGCUCAGCAUCAACCCCAGGAUCACUGACCCCCCCUCCUUCAGCUCCUUUCCACCUCAUUCAGAAGUGAAUAGCUUCAGUUUAUCCUCUAGCGGGAGCUUUGGACCUCCUCGUGUGAUCCCCGUGCCCCUCCUCCCCCCCGACAGAGUCCUGGACCAGGGGAGCUUUAUCCAUCCCGCAGGACUCGCUAAUGGACUCCAGGCACUGCACCUUCUGCCCCCUUCAGCUGUCUCUGCUCCCCCCGGACCGGACUUGAUGGAAAGCAGCACUGGGGGUAUCCAGAACCAGGAGGACCCCCAGGUCCACCAACCAUGCAAGUACGACCUGCUGAGCAGUGUCCCAUUAACGGAUCUAGACCUCAAGUUCCAGUACCGGGGCCGGACCAUGGGUUCUUUGACCGUCAGUAACCCUCAGGGCUGCCGGUUGUACUAUGGACACCUGGAGCCGACCCCAGAUCAAGUGGAACUGUUUGGACCCAUCACCUUGCAGCAAGUCCGGUUUCCGGGGACAUCUGAAAUCCAAAACCAGAAGCAGCGAUUCUACACCGAUGCCCUGUUAGACGUGAUGGACCGAGGUCUGAUCCUGGAGAUCUGGGAACAGGACAUUUAUGCUAUUCGCCUCUGUCAGUGCAAGGUGUUCUGGUCUGGACCGGGCAUGCCUGAACAAGGUCCAACAAACCCCAUGGAGAGGGAGAAGAAGACCAAAGUGUUCAGCCUCAACAACUUCCUGCAAGGACUGAUCCUGUUCCAGAAAGGCGAAGCUCCAAACCCUCCACCCUUCGAGGUCUACUUCUGUUUCGGGGAGGAUUGGCCUGACAAGAAACCCAAAGAGAAGAAACUCAUCAUUGUACAGGUGGUUCCUGUGGUGGCUCGGAUCCUGACUGAGAUGUUCUCUGGAGAACUCAGCUGGUCCACAGACAGCAUCCGGCUGCAGAUCUCAAACCCUGAUGUGAAGGACCAGACGGUAGAGCAAUUUAAGGAGCUGCAGAAGCUCCUACAGAGCCAACACAUCCAGGGCCCCUGGACGCCCAAUGUCCCCUGAUCAACGCAUCCAGCAGCCCUGGAUCCUCAAUGUCCAGCAAACUACUGGACUGACAGGGGAUUGUUCAUCAGCUCCAGGAGGACCUGAGACUUACAGCAGAUCCACUUCCAGUUCAGAGUCCCCUGUACUCUCCCAGUGUCAGUAAUAAACUCUGAACUGGUCCUUUAAUUAACCCAUUGCACUGUGACGUUCUGACGAGUUCAGGCUAUGUUGCUCUGAUUGUUUCUACAGAAUCUGUCAAAGAUGAUUAAUAAUCAACCACAAUUAAUUAGAAUAAAGUGCAGAACAGCUGAGAGCAACCACGGAUUAUUUCAGAGAAAAAAAAAACAUUCAAAUGCUUAACACGUGCUCCAGUUUGUUAAAACAGAGAAAGAAACAGAGAAAGGUGGAACUCUGCCUCGUCAGCCGAUCUCAGCUCCAUUUUAAAGGAAGUGAAACUGUGAACUGAGUUAAUCUCUGGCAAAGAGAACAGUGAGUGUUAUUCAGGAUUUCAGUAAACGCCGCUGCAGUAUUUGUUCAUGUCACAUGUCUGCCUGUUUACGCUGCACUCAUUCUCAAUGAGUUUCUGCAGUAGUGCAGCACACCUGGCAUUUAUCCAGGGUCGGUGAACUCUGAGGAAAGAGCAGGAUGUUAUGGAUAUGAAUCGGGCACCAGUGAUCUUCACUUGUGCUGCAGGCAAACAGCACAAAGUUUUUUUUUAUGCUAACAUUAGCUGUGGAAUAGGUUUCAUGUUUCAAGUGGACACAGAGUUUACAAAUUAUAAAAAAAAUAAAAAUGCAAUGCAACAAUUUGUCACAUACAGAUUCACCUGUAC